GCCCAGAAGGAACAGCUCAGGCUGGAAAUUGUCGACCUCCGGCGACAGUUGACGGAUCUUGUGGCGAAGGAGGCGGAGGAGGCUGCAGGUCACGAGCAGGACGCGAGUUUCAGCAGCCACACUGCCAACAUGCAGGCGAAGCACGCCAAGGAGAAGGCCGACAUGAAGACGCAGCACGCCAGUGCAUUGAACGAGAUGAAAGAGCUACAUAAAUUGGAGCUGGCUCAGGCGGAGAAGAGGGAGCAACAUGAAUCGGACCUCCGCUCCCACUUGUCAAUGUGGCAACGGUGCACAGACCGCCUGGUGGACAAGGCGGAGGAGGAGGAGGAGAAAAAGAGGGCGGGGAUGGAGGAGGAGGAGCCGGCGAAGGAGAAAGGACCGGAGCAGAAGGAGGAGCAGAAGAAGGAGAAGCAAAAGGAUCAGAAGAAGGCGCCACAGGAACAGAAGGAGGAGCCGGCGAAGGAGAAAGGACCGGAGCAGAAGAAGAAGGAGCAGAAGAAGGAGAAGCAAAAGGAUCAGAAGAAGGCGCCACAGGAACAGAAGGAGGAGGAGCCGGCGAAGGAGAAGGGACCGGAGCAGAAGAAGGAGGAGCAGAAGAAGAAGCAAAAGGAUCAGAAGAAGGCGCCACAGGAACAGAAGGGGAAGGAGCCGGCGAAGAAGCAAAAGGAUCAGAAGAAGGAGAAGGACAUCUCCACAAUCCAUCAGCUCAUCGGGAAGCUCUCCGGCCGGAUUGAUGGGCUUGAAGCCCAGCUUCGAGGUACUGUGCUGGGCAUUGAUGAGGUUGAGAAGAAAGCUCAUGCCCGUGUUGAUGUGGCUGAGGCCAGUGCCAAGAAAGCCUUGCAGGAGAGAUCCAACGCAAUUGUGAAGGGAACCAAAGCAUGCAUCGACGCGGUGAGCAAG